CUAAACCAGCACAAAGUACCUCGAGUAUGCGACCACCGCCGCCGCUCGGUGUUCGCUGGGGCUCUUCGCUGACCAGGUUACCGGUCCGGGAGUCUCAUGUGCAUCAUAGAGCACUGCUUCAGGGUCUCCUAACUCAAAAGGGCGCAAUACGGGCGCCCUGGCGACCAGCGGCAUCCUCCUCGACCUCGCCGACUGCGGCGGACAGCGCCUCCCCAGCGGACGUGGCUGCAACCGCGGCGCCGACGCCGCCGCUGCAACGGCUAGGCAAGGGCAAUGUGGCACGGUUUGGCAUGGCCCCCGCCCACGCGGCCUACAGCAGGGGCGCUCAGAACGACUUAUCAGCAGACCCGCUAUCAGAGGACGUAGCCAGCACAGCCAUUUCCAUCUCGCCACUCUCUGGUGCUGGUGCUGGUGAUGCUGCAGCUGCCGGCGCCAGCGCCAGUCGGCUGGAGCCUCAGGCGGUGUCUCCGCCGCUGUCGCCACCGCACCCUGCGACCGGCAGCAGCGCUCAGAACCGCGCCCUGGGUGCCCUGGGCACGGCCGCAGCGGUCAUCGGCACAGCUUGGUAUUUCUACGCAUUAUGGCUAGAGGGUCAAAAGAAUAAGAAGGAGAAGCAGCAGGGGGAGGGAAAGAAGGGCCAAGCCGGCGGCGGUCAAACAGCGCAGCAGUCUGGGAAGGGAGCGGCGGCACAGCCGGCACAGCUGCCGCUGCCGCUCAUGGCGCCGGGGACGGGAGCUGGGACCACGGCCACGGGCUCCGCCCUAGCCGCGGGCGCUGCUGCUGCUACAGCAGCAGCAGCGGCCGCAGCAGCAACAACAGACACAUGGACUCAACAGCAGCAGCAGCAGCAGCAGCAGCAGCAGCAGCGGUUGGCAACUGCUAUCGGCUCGGCGGCACCGGGCUUGGGCCCGGCAGACGCGGCGGCAGAGGCGACGGAGGCCGAGGCGGACGCAGCGCUGCUGGCGGCGGCCGCCCGCUGGAAGGCGCGGUCAGGCGGUUGGUGGCGGCAGUUGAAACGGCUGUACUACAUCAGCUUCGGAUCGCAGUACGGCAUCGUCCCGCGCAGCCACGUGGAUGCCGUACUGGCGGUGGCGGGCGUGGUGCCGGCGGCGACCACUGCUGCUACAGCCGCUGCGGCGGCUGCUGCAGCCCCCACGGGGAACCCAGCGCUGCUGGUGUUUGAGGACCCGGGCGAUGCCGAGUAUGCGGCCAACGUGCUGUGGGAGGACCUGGUGGCGGGAGGCGCCCAGCCGGCCGGCCCGCGCCCGCCCUCCAUGGGCGUGCUGUCCGCCACGCCGCUGUUCCUGGAGGACCUGGCGGCUGUUCGCGCCGCCCCCCUGGAGGUGGUGCCGGCGGACGGGCUGGGCAAGGAGCGGCUCAUGGCGGCACAGCAGCUGGAGCUACUGCUGGCGGCGCUGGUACGGGGCGCGCCGCCCGACGCCGCCGCCUCCCUGGUGUCUCUCAUGCAGCGCAAGCUACGGCGCCAACAGCAGCAACAGCAGCAACAACAGCAGCAACAACAAUCAGAGGAGGAGGAGGAGGAGGCAGAGCGGGAGGCGCGUGCCGCCAGUGGCGGCGGCACCAGCACCAGUGGCCGAGGUGGCGGUGGCGGCGGUGCCGCCGCUGCAAAGGACCCUCUGGAUGUGCUGCGUGCCGCCCGACCUCUGGAGGCGGAGACGGGGGUGCGGGGGCUGAAGCUGAAACUGCCGGGCAGGUUCGACUUCCCAGGGUUUGACAGCCCGCCAACGCCGCCGCCUCCGAACGCCGCCUCCGCCGCCUCAGUCCCGGCAGCAGCAGCUGCGGCAGCAGCGGCAGCAGCGCCUGAGACAGUGUCGAAGCCGCCGCUGGCAGCAGCGGCAACGGAUGCGGCAGCUGGGGCAGCGGCAGCGGCAGCUGCCACGGCGCCAGCAGCGCAAGAGGCGGCGGCGGCGGCGGCGUUGCCCGCGCUGCCUCUAGUGGAGGCCUCCGCAGUGCGUGAGCCCACCUCCGCCUCCUCCUCCGCUUCCUCCUCUGCAUCAUCUUCUCCGGCCUCAGUCCCAGCUGCCGGCGGCUUCCGUGGGGCUCGGGACGCAGUGAUUGAGGCCGAGCUGCUGCCCGUGUACACGCCACCGGUGACAUCUACAGCAGCUGCUGCUGGCACUGCUGCUACAGCCGCUCCAGCUGCAGCUACAGCCGCUCCGGCUGCAGCUACAGCCGAGGAGGAGGCGCUCCGGGAGUACCGGGAGCUGGAGGCCCUGCUCAGCGGCGGCGCGGUGGUGGCGGCGGCGGCGUCAGGCGCGGCGGCCAGCAGCACGCCGCCGGCGCAACAACCAAGUGCUAGUGCGGGUGCUGCUACAGCUACUACAGCUGAUGCAGCUGCUGCUGCUACUGCUGCUGCGACUACUGCCGCCCGGCCGGCCAAGAUGAGGGCCUCCGAAUUUGCAGCAGACCUCAUCAGCAAAAGGGGUCCCACAGACGCCGCCAUGGAGGAAGCCCUGGCGGCCUUGGAGGCAGCCGAGUCGCGGCAGCUGGCACGUGACGCCGCCGACGCCGCUGCUGGAGGUGGCGGCAGCGACGGCGACGAACAGGAGGAGGACGUGCUGGAUGAGUACUACAGCAUCUUCGGGAACGGCAGUAGCAGCAGCAAGAGCGAUGUCAGUAGCGGCGGUAGUAGCACCGCCACCACGAGUGGCUCCGCCGUCGCCGCCGCAUCUGGCGGCGCCGCCGUGGGUGACUUGGCGGCUGAGGUGGGCGACGCGCAGCGGCAGCUGGCGGCGGUGGUUCAACAGGUGGCGGCGGCGCACGCGCGCGGCGCGCCGCCGCCACCCGCCGCCACCGCCGCAAUGCAGCAGCUGCAGGAGCAACUGGCGGACCUACAGCGGCGGCUGGCGGCGGCGGCGGCCGCCGCCGCCCCUGCUACAGCCGCCGCCUCAGCAUCACCGCCGCAGCCGGCUACAGCCAAGCCCGUGCCCCCAGUGGCGGCACCGUCAGCAGGGGCCGACCUCGUCACUCCUCUAGCCAAGCCAGGCAGUAGCAACGCCGGGGGCAGCGGCAGUAGCAGCAGCAGUAGCAGUGGCAGUGGCAGCGCGGAUGGCAAGGAUGGCGCACGGCGGUCGUGGGGUGCGUGGAAGACGAAUCGUCGCAUUCAGGAGGCUGAGGCGACUCUGAUAAAGACCGCCGCCAAGACGCCCAGCUUCAUGGCCGCCGCCCCGGCCGUUUCAGCUUCCUCUUCAUCGUCCGCCACCGGCAGCAGCAGCAGCAGCAGCAGCGGCGGCGCCUCCACCCGCGCAGCUACAGCCGCGCCGCCAAGCGGCGCCAGCAGCAGUGGGGGCAGUAGCGCCAGCCGGGCUGGGGGCGGGUCGGGAGGCAGGGGCGGCGGCGAGGAGGACGAGGAGGGCGUGACGGUGGUCAGCCGGCGAGUGGGCACCAACCGCCCCGCAAAGGUUGUUGAGACCCCCGAGGCCCGGCAGGAGCGAGUCAAGGAGGCACUGCGCGUGUUCUCUGAGACCGGCGGCGCCAUCGGCGACGACGGCGACGGCGGGGACCCCGGAGGGGAGGACCCCGACCCACUGGGGGAGCUGCUGCCGGGUUACACGGACGCCUCCUCCUCCUCCCCCUCCUCCCGCGCCAAGCCCUGGUGGGCCACCCGCUACCAGGCGCUGUACCUGCCCAACAUCGGCUACCCGGACGGCUCCAUGGGCUUCCUGCAGGUCAACGUGUCGCUGAGCCCUGACCGCCGUGACAUGCGCGUGCUGGCCUUCGCCGACCGCGCAGACGCCACCGCCGCCAUCAGCCUGCUGGCGGCCUGGCCGCAGUACGCAGGCACCGACCCGCGGCUGAGCAUCAUGCCCACAGCCACCAUCAUGCAGCAGCUCAAAGACAUGUACGACGAACAGCCCGGCCUGAACUCGGACGUGAGCCGACCCCGCGGCCUGGCCGUGUUCCGCCGCGGCAAGCUGCCCAUGCGGCCGGGCAUGGGGCCAGACGAGUUCCUGCAGGUGGUUGUGUACCAGUACGCGGCACAGCGGGCACUGGCGAGGACCGGAUACGGCUUCACAGACUGAGGAGCAAGAGUGAGGAACACUGCUGGGCCCGGCUGCGCCGGAUAGAGCGCGGAGGGCUACUGAGCGAAGGGUUGUGGGGAAUAAGCAAGGCGGGUGGAGCCGGGAUGGAGUAGGAGGAGAGCGCAAGGAAAGACGUUAGGCGCGGCUGGCUAGAGCUUUGCGUGUCACGCGGGAGUGGGAUUUGCCGAAGGGUGCUGCCCUGCUUGAGAGUACACCUACUAUCAGAGCCUGGCAGCUUGUACUUGGACGUGCGAAGGGGCGGGGCGGACAAGGCACGCAGGUAUAAAGAAGGCGAAGGUAAGAGGCUGCGAGGGGUAGCGUGUCGGAGUCCGAACCGGGCUACAUCGGACGCGCCCAAUGCAGGUAGGGGGAGGACCCAGUGCCCCGCGGGCGGACGGGGCGGUCACCCACCUGCGGCUGCGGCCACGGUGUCAAGUACUGCAACCGCCUGAAGCGCCAGAGCUCCCCGUGAGAGGAAGGAGGCCAAGAGAGAGAGAGAGAGCUAGUCGGACCUUUGAAGUGCUGCGGGGGCAGCGGGCGGCAGCGGGCGGCGGCAGGGGCGGCAGCAAGGGCGGCGGCGGCGGCGGCGGCGGCGGCGGCGGGACGUGGGCGUAGUACUGGUGAAAGUGAUUGACAUUGGGUUGAUGGGGAAAUGGCUAGACUCGGGGUGUGUUAGGUAUGGCAUGCAUGAAGCGGUGAAGGGGUACGUGAGACGUGAGCGUGCGGGUGGUGUAAUCGACAAGACUGUGAGGCUCCCAGGUUGCACCGCGACACGGUAUAUUUGAGUAGAGAGCGGCCCCGGCCGCCCAGCUCAAGUCGUGUCGAGAGCGUAGCUGUGCACGCCAGCUGCAUCGAAGCAUGCGGACAUGCAUGCGGCUUGGACGGAUGGGUGUGAGUGAAGUUGAGGAGCGGUGCGCACACGAGCGUCG